CAGUGCUGCUCGCUCGCUCGCAGGGCAGCAGCAGAUGGACACUCAGCAGCUCAGCGUCUCGUGUUCCUGCUCCACUCUGUGAUUUCUGUUUUUCUUUUUUUUUCUGUAAAGUUGAAACAACUCUUGAAUCACCGUCUUUGCCGUCUCUUCUCCUGGACACCGGUACGGACUCAGGAUGAGCAGCAGCGCCUUCCUCGCCAAGGUGCAGUCCAGGAUGCAGAUGGCGAAGGAGAUGAGCGACGAGGAGAAGUUGUACAGAUACAAGGGGGUUUUGUACCCGAUCAUCAUGUGCCCCGAGGACCAUCUGAAGGCUCUGGAAAACAUCAGGGCCAGGGAGGAUGACAUCAUGCUCGUGGCUUAUCCCAAAUGUGGUUUUAAUUGGAUGGUGGGGGUGGUGAGGAAGAUCAUUGCAGAGUCCAUGGGGGUGAAAACUGAGUCCAGGAUGCCGCCGCUGAUCGAGUUCUUUGGACCAGACGUCUUAAAGACGGUGGAUGAAACUCCCUCUCCCAGGUUUCUGGGGACUCACCUGCAUCCCGACAACAUCCCCUCCUCCUUUUAUGCAAAGAAAACCAAGAUGCUGGUGAUCUUCAGGAAUCCCAAAGACACUCUGGUUUCCUUCUAUCACUUCUCCAACAACAACCCAGUCCUCCCAGUCCAGUCCUGGGAAUACUUCUACUCUCACUUCCUGAGUGGAGACGUUCCUUGGGGGUCAUACUUUGAUCACGCUCUGGCCUGGGAGAAGAGGAUUGACGACCCCAACGUCAUGAUUGUCACCUAUGAAGAGCUAAAACAGGACCUGAGCGAGGGCGUCCGUCAGAUCUCCAGCUUUUUUGGUUUCAGCCUGACGGAGGCUCAGGUGCAUCAGAUCGCCGAGGGGAGCACCUUCACCGCCAUGAAGGAGAGCGCCGCCAACUCCCACGGCACCAUGGGAAACGUCAUCUUCAGAAAAGGUGAAGUCGGGGACUGGAGGAACCAUUUUACACCUGAGCAGAGCCAAGAGAUGGACGAGGCCUUCAACAAACACCUGGCGGGAACCAGGCUGGGAGCGAAACUCAACUACCAACUGCACUGCCAGUAGGAAGAGAGGGAGGAAGAGUUUGUAGAAGAAGAGUGUGCGAGGACUUUUCAGCCCUGAGCUGAGUCAGACCCCGACCGUGGCAUCCACCCUCAACCACGCUAAGCUAAAGUGGUAGAGGAAGGUGUCAGAGGCGGCGCAGAACGUGACAGGAAACGCUGCCUGCGAGGCUCAGCUCAGGGCUAAAAGUCCCAGUGUGAAGAAAGAUGGAGGAAGAAGAAGAAGAAGAAAAAGAAGAAGUUCUGCAAUGGAAACUAUUAAAGAACAGUUUGACAUUUUGGGAGGUCAGUGCCACUUUUCUUCUCUGUGGUGGAACAAAUAAGAUUUAACAUGUUAAAGUGUUAAAGGUGAUAGGUUACCUGUUUCCAGUCUGGCUGUAGCUUCAUAUUUACAGUAGUAGUAGUCAUGACGAUGAGUAUUUCCCAAAAUGUCAAACUAUUCCUUAUAACACGACACAAGCACCUGGGAGUUAAAUAUCAGUGACAAAACGUGACAAACUCACUGUUCAACGACACAGAAAGCAAAAGGGAGAAAUCCCUCUGAUGUUUUGUUUUUCUCAGAUUUUUCACCUGAACAUUUAAAGUUGAUAAAAACUGAGAUUUCUGAAGGAACCUUUUGUCAGUUUGUGGAAACAGAAAAUCCUAAUUGGCUUAAACUCACCUCAAAUCAUGCAACUGUUCUUUUAGAUUUAAACGUUAGUGCCCCCGUGUGGUCGCAUCAAAGAAGGCAUGGUGGCAGACGGCAGGCAUUAAUUCAACAUAAAAGCACAUAAAAAUUAAACCCUUUAUAUGGUUUUUGGUUGAUGUUUGCUUUAAGCACAUGCAGUUUGUAUUCAGUUACUCAGAUUCACUGAGUUUCUACCAAAAUAUCACAAGUGCAGCUUCAGUCAGCAGCUCAAGUCUCAGGUGUCAGAUUUUUCCACCAGCACAUGAAUGUUAAGUGUCAAGUUGUUUUAUUCUCCGAUGUUCAACAACUGAUUAAAACACACAAACCGCUGAAUUGUCUUUGUUCUGGCAGCUACCUGAACUCAUGUGGAAUUAAUUCUGUAAAACUGUGGCAUUGAAACAAUACUGUGAUGAUAUUAUGGGCUGUUAUAAAUAUGCACAGUCACUGUUUGUAUAAUUCAUAAUGUACAGUACAUCACUGUACAUGAUCAUGGUGAAAAAUAAAACUCUUUUUCCAGAUGA